AUGUAUAUCGGGGGUUUACCGCUUAAAACUAUCCACCUCAACUCCCAGAUCUGCCGCCCCAGCUAUGGCCGUCCGCCGCCGUAUCAUUACGUCCAUCUCGUCUUCCACCUUCAGUUGCAAUUGGUCGCGCUGCAUAUCCUCUUCCGCCACAAAUUCGCCUCCUCUUAUAUACGAUUACUCCAAUAAUUCCUCAACCACCGCCGCCGCCGAUCAAUCUGUCACCCUCCAGCUCCUCUCAUGGGGUCGCGGCGCCUCUGGCCAGCUCGGUGGUGGAAUCGAGGAAACCAGGAUAUAUCCGGCGCCCCUAUGCACCAUCAUUGCCCCACCUAAUUUCUCCCUAUCUCGCUCAAUACCCGGCCGUCUCCCCCAGCUCAGUGAUGGCGAGCCGCCAUUGGAGGUCGGGAUUUCUUGCGGGUUGUUCCAUUCGGGUCUGCUGGUGGACGGAAAGCUGUGGAUUUGGGGGAAAGGUGAUGGCGGCAGGCUUGGAUUCGGCCAUGAAACCUCGGUUUUUGUUCCUGCACGGAACCCUAAUGUGGAAUCUGAUGUGAGAAGCAUUGCUCUCGGCGGCCUCCAUUCCGUCGCGCUCGAUGUCCUUGGCCGCGUAUUUACUUGGUCAGUGCAUAUUUUACUGUUGGGUCGUGAUACCGCCGAUCUCACACACGCACGAACGAGGAAAUAAAGCACGCAAACGAUAUAACGUGGUUCGGUGAUAAUCCACCUACGUCCACGGAGAAGAUGACCGGAAUCUUAUUGACGAACUCUUUACAAUUACAACGAACUCACACUCACACUCUACCGCUCACAACUGCUUGCUAUCUUGAGAUUUAAUCUCUCUGAGUGUGUGUAUAUGGUGUAAUUCUGCUCUCUCACUACUGAGCUCUAUCGAGCUAUUUAUACAAGAUGCAAUCAAGAAAUAAAAUCCAACUAACUCUAUUUCCCAAAGUUAGUUAUAACCGCUGCU